UCAGUGCUAGUACGGUUUGCGGCUUAAGCGCCGCCGCGGUCUGAGGAAUGUCAACUAUUCAACAUGGAGGCGGAGGUCGAUAAGCUGGAACUGAUGAAAAAUCCUGUUACACUCUUAAAGGAAUUGUCAGCAAUAAAGUCUCGCUAUCAAACUUUGCAUGCACGCUUUAAACCAAUUGCUGUCGAGCAUAAAGAGACUAAGAGCCGCAUUUGUGCUACUUUCAAUAAGACUGUGACCUUGAUACAAGAACUACAAAAGCAAACAGACCUGAAGCUCUUACCACUGACUGAAGAAGAGAAAACUGCGGCAGAGCAAUUAAGAGCUCACAUGUCAGACUUAUGAUGAAGAAAUGGACUUGCAAAAGGGAACUCUAAUGGGGAAGAGAUCAAUUCCAGAGAGAUUUAGGAAGCUGUCUUGUUAGCAUUUGAUGACUGUUGGUGGCGGGAUGACAAAGGAGAUUUGGCUUGGGUUACUGGAUAGUGAUGCCUUCCACAAGAGAGGGGAAUACAAGAAGGGCAGAUAUUGUACUCAUAAUGUUCAGCCAAAGGGAUGGAAUGGAAAUAAAGAGUUUUAAAAAAAUAUAUGCAGGGGGCUUCCCUGGUGGCGCAGUGGUUGAGAAUCUGCCUGCUAAUGCAGGGGACACGGGUUCGAGCCCUGGUCUGGGAAGACCCCACAUGCCGCGGAGCAACUAGGCCCGUGAGCCACAACUACUGAGCCUGCGCGUCUGGAGCCUGUGCUCCGCAACAAGAGAGGCCGUGACAGUGAGAUGCCCGCGCACCGCGAUGAAGAGUGGCCCCCGCUUGCCGCAACUAGAGAAAGCCCUCGCACAGAAACGAAGACCCAACACAGCCAAAAAAAAAAAAAAAUAUAUA